CCCAGAACCAACGAAACCUAGAAAGCUUCGCUCUCAAUCGUUAACCAAACAAAAAAAAAAAACCAUUUUGCAUAACACUCUCUCUAUUUAUAUAACUAUUUAUACAUCUUAUACAAUAUGUCUUCUAACUAUACCCAAAUAUCGCAGCAGAAACGAUCUUACAAUAUUUCAGAAACAAAACUAAAACGGAUUCUGGAGUAUAACGAACGACUAAAAGAACAAUUAGAAUUACAACGAAUCCCAGUUUCAGAAGCCUCAAAAAGUCUAGUAGAUUAUUGCAAUUCCACCAAAGAUCCUCUCAUCCCUUCCAUUUGGGGAGCAGUCAGUAAAGAAGACGAUCCUUUCGCGCCGGCCGCAGGAAAAUCUAGAUCAGCAAGUGGAUGCUGUAUAGUUAUGUAGAUUGUAGAAAUCUUCCACGGUAAAAUUGGUUCAUCAGUUCGAAAUGCAAUUGUCUUUUUGUUGACAUCCCAUUGUAUUUCCACAAUUUCAACUAUUCAACGGCUUCAAACAGUGUAUGUCAACAAACGUAUUCUAUUAUGUAUAACCUUUACUCUUUACGUACAAACUUAAUAACUCUACCAAUUUGUGUAAAUUCUCAACAUACCAACUUUACUCAUAUCUUACAACUUCAUUCAGUUUGCCUUUUUAGUAAUACUUUGCUCUUUUUUUCUUAAUUGCCUAUUUACACCCUCUAGUUUUAAAUCAGUUUCGUUUAUUAUCUACAUACA